GCUCUCUCAGCUGGCUCCACUCUCCCUUCGUCUGUGCAUGGUGUGGACUUGUGUGCGCUGAGCUGAGCUUCUACGGGGCAGAGUGUGUGAGGGAGGGAGAGAGAGAGAGAGAGAGAGAGAGAGAGAGAGAGAGAGAGUGGUGGAGUUCAGUUUAGUCUCAGUGCGCUUUCAGUCGAGCUGCUACUUUAGACAGUUCAAGAGGAGAGAGGGAAGAGAAAGAGAAGAGGACUGAGUAGAUAAACACCCUCAAGGCUUGGAUAGAACACACUUACACUUACACACACACACACACACACACACACACACACACACACACACACACUCACUCACUCACUUACAUACAACAAACACACACACAUGCAAACACAUAGUCACAGAAGAGAAUGGUCAGUUUCAGUGCCGGUGUGUGAAGAGAGUGUGUGUGCCGCCUGCUUCACUACGAGGGAUGUGAUCACCAUGUGCCGCCACACACACGCUCAUACUGACUGACCACACACUUUCCCACCAACACUCACAUACACACGCGUACACACCUGCUCCACCCUCAGGUGCUGCUGCUCUGAUCUGGACUCAUCUGGUGCUGUUUGUAGCCGCUCUCUACUACUGGAGGCCUGGGGACUGGACAGCGCAGUGCCAGGGGGUCACCAUGGACUACCUGUGGGGGCUGGUUGUGCUGCUGUUUGGGCUCAGCGUGCCCCGGAGAGGAGCGGACGCCCGGCAGGUCAAGAACAACGUGCCCAGGCUCAAGCUCUCCUAUAAAGAAAUGCUGGAGUCGAACAACUUGCUGACAUUCAACGGACUGGCCAACAGCUCGGCCUACCACACGUUUCAGCUGGACGAGGAGAAGGGCCGGCUCUUCGUAGGAGCAAAGGAUCACAUACUGGCCUUCAACCUCAUUGACAUCAACAUGGAGCAACAGUUGAUCUCUUGGCCUCCCUCUACUGCCCGGCGGGAUGAGUGUAAAUGGGCUGGGAAAGAUGUUCAGAAAGAGUGCUCUAACUUCAUUAAGGUGCUACAGCCAUUUAAUCACACCCACCUGUAUGCGUGUGGGACCGGAGCCUUUCACCCCACCUGUGCCUACGUGGAGGUGGGAAAACGACCAGAGGACAACAUCUUCCGGCUGGAGUCGUCACACUUUGAGAACGGACGUGGAAAGAGCCCAUACGACCCAAAACUGCAGACUGCUUCUCUACUAAUUGAUGGCGAGCUGUACGCUGGGACGUCAGCCGACUUCAUGGGCCGGGACUUUGCCAUUUUCCGGACCUUAGGAGAGCAUCAUCCAAUCAGAACAGAGCAGCACGAUUCCAGGUGGCUCAAUGACCCUAGAUUUGUAAGCGUCCACCUCAUCCCAGAGAGUGACAACCCAGAAGAUGACAAGAUUUACCUCUUCUUCAGAGAGAACGCCAUCGACGGAGAACAAACCGGCAAAGCCACACAUGCCAGAAUCGGACAGCUGUGUAAAAAUGACUUUGGGGGUCACAGAAGCUUGGUGAAUAAGUGGACCACCUUUCUAAAAGCUCGACUGAUCUGCUCGGUUCCUGGCCUCAACGGCAUCGACACACACUUCGAUGAGCUACAGGACAUCUUUCUCAUGAGCUCCAAGGACCCCAAAAACCCAGUCAUCUAUGCAGUGUUCACAACAUCGAGCAAUAUCUUCAAAGGUUCAGCUGUCUGUAUGUACAGCAUGGCCGACAUUAGGAGGGUGUUUCUGGGUCCCUAUGCCCACAGAGAUGGACCCAACUACCAGUGGGUGCCCUUCCUAGGAAGAGUGCCAUACCCACGGCCAGGCACGUGUCCCAGCAAGACCUUUGGCGGAUUCGAAUCCACAAAAGAUUUACCUGAUGAUGUCAUCACAUUCGCCCGAAGUCACCCAGCCAUGUACAACCCAGUGUUUCCCAUCAACAAUCGGCCAAUCAUAGUCAAGACUGACGUGGAUUACCAGUUCACUCAGAUAGUUGUAGACAGAGUGGAGGCGGAGGACGGCCAGUAUGAUGUCAUGUUUAUUGGCACAGAUGUCGGUACGGUUCUAAAGGUGGUAUCGAUUCCCAGAGGCACUUGGCACGACUUGGAGGAAGUCUUGCUGGAGGAGAUGACUGUGUUCAGGGAACCAACUGCUAUAACCGCUAUGGAGCUGUCUACAAAACAGCAACAGCUCUACUUGGGAUCUUCUAUCGGGGUUUCCCAGAUGCCCCUGCAUCGCUGUGAUGUUUAUGGAAAGGCCUGUGCUGAGUGCUGCUUGGCGCGAGACCCUUACUGCGCCUGGGAUGGCUCCCAAUGUUCCCGAUACUUUCCCACUGCCAAGAGGAGGACUCGACGCCAGGACAUCAGGAAUGGAGACCCUCUAACCCAAUGUUCUGACCUCCAGCACCAUGAUGAAGAGAAUGGGGAGAACAUGCUGCUGGAUAGGACGGUGUAUGGGGUGGAGAACAGCAGCUCUUUCCUGGAGUGUAGCCCCAAGUCCCAGCGUGCGCUCAUCUACUGGCAGUUCCAGAGACAUGGAGAGGACAGCAAGCAAGAGAUAAAGGCAGAUGAGCGAGUGAUGGGCACUGAGCAGGGUUUGCUGAUCCGAGCUCUGCUGCAGAAGGACUCGGGCGUAUACUACUGCCACGCCGUUGAGCACGGCUUCAUCCAGACGCUCCUGCGCCUCACCCUGCACGUCAUCCCCGCCGACCAACUGGACGAGCUGCUUCACCGAGAGCCACCGGACACCGGCCGGACGCCCCACGCCAAACUGUGGUACCAGGACUUCCUAUCCCUCAUCGACCCACCCAGCCCCAACAGCGUGGACCAGCUGUGCGAGCAGGUGUGGAAGAGGGAGCGGAAGCAGCGACGGCAGAAGGCCCACCUGCUGCAAGCCAGCCAGUCCCACACCACCCAUCUACUGCACACCGGCCAACAGCACGCCAGCAAGUGGAAGCUCCUGCAGGAGAGCAAGAAGGGACGCAACCGCAGGAUGCACGAGACGCAGCGGGCGCCCCGCAGUGUGUGAGCCCGAGAACAUAGAGAUAAACACAGACUGAACUAUCCAAUCUAAAAACAACAGACAAGACUUUGCAGACUGUGACGCUGAAGACAGGGAGAGAGAGACAGGCAAUGUUAUUGCAACGUUCCAGCUCUCCUGCAGAGCGCGUGCGGAGGAAUGUUUACCUCUUUAGACUCAAACUCUUGACUCCAGGAGCAGCCAGUGGAAAAAAUUCCCUCACACACAGACUGGACAGCGACGUCCAGCAAUAAUAUUCUGUAAAUAUUACGCAGAAUAAAAGGAACGUCUUUCAGACAGGCCUCUGCCGAAGCUCUGGCCGGCUGGGUGAGGAACAUCAUAGAUCAUAGAUCAUAGAUAGAACAGAAGAAGUGAAACCAUCGACGACCAUCUUUAUAAUCUUCCUUAAGAUUAAGCACACUCCCAGUGCACAUAUACUGCGUACGAGACCUCUUCCGUUUCAGUGUAUUUUAAGGGUGUGUUUUAACCUAAAAGAUAUACAGUACUGUGAACAAAAAAAAGAGAACAACCCAUGGAGUCCUUCAUUUUUUUUGUAUUUAAUAUGAACAUGUGAACAGUAUAUUUGGUCUUUGUUUGAACAGUCUUAAGACAUGGAGGUAAUAUAAAGAAACACUUGAUGUAGUGGUAUCACCAUACCUGUGAAGCAUGGUGGUGGAAACAUCAUGCCUCAUGGAGGUCUUGGCAAAUUAUCCACCAUAUACAUGUCAUGUCAUUCCUGCUGAAACAUCACACAGCUGAAAGAAUUCUGCAUUGAGAAGUGGGAAAACACUAGCUUAGAGUCAAUGGUUACAUUGGAAAUACCGACUUGAUCUGAGAUACUUAGACAAGGACAAAUUAUGAUGGCUAAAUCUAGGUCUCAUGUCUGUUUCAGCAGUUGAUGGCUGAUCAGUGUAUUACUUCCAUCUCUUAAUAGUGUUAAUAUGAAGAUCAAAUGUCCAUGUUUUUUAAAUAUGUCAAAGAAACAGAUUUUCAUGUAGGGUCCUAUUUUUUUGACAUGAUUUAUACUGUAUGUAUGUAUCCAUUGGUCAAAGCUGAGAGACAAACCAAGUCACUACAGAGUCUAGAGUCUACAGUCAUCCUCUCUACAGCUCUCAGUUCUCCUCAUCCUCCAAUCCAGUUUUUUUGUCUCGUUUUGUUUUAUUUUCAACCAUCAAAGCAGAAAUCGUCCCCGAUCAUCAAUGGAUAAUGUGUGUUCCUCCUCUGAAUAAGCUCUUUCAGCACAAAUACAUGUUUCAGAUAUAUUUUAGAUGAAUAUUUAAAUUUUGUCCUUUUUUGUUCGUCAGAGUUAUAUCUAAUACUGCAUAAUAGAGAGUUAUUUUAUUAAAGGGGUUUCUGCAUUCUCUCACUCAAACUGCUGCAUUUAGGGGUGCAGGGGGGGUGUAAAUAAACAUUUUUUUGUACUCGAUUUCCCUCAAUAGCUUCCAAGCACAAGCUGCUGGUGGACAUUGCUUAAUCCUUGUAUGUGAAUCACAACGGUCUAGUAAGUGGCACAUCUUCAGUGUGGUGUUGUAUGUUCAAGUAAGGGAUGUUUUAAUUUUUUAUUUAUGAUAUGUUUUGAGUCACGAACUUUAAGGAGGGGGUGUUUUUCUUGUUUUCUUAAUUGAAAGGAAUCGAGCGAUUAACUUUUAGCUUCUUGUUUUUCCUUUUUUUAUUAUUAUUAUUUUUUUUAACCAAUAAAUGGUUCUGCCUUUAAAUGGUUUUGCGAGCGAUGCCGUAGAAGAACCACAUUUGGUUUUAAUAAAGCAUACCACACAUUUUCAUUCAUUAAGUCUUUAAGACAAGCUCUUGAGAUUGCAGCAGUGUGUGGUCAAGCAUUGUCCUGUUGGAACACCAUGAUGCAAUUCUGAGUCAUUACAUAUAUGACACAAAAAACGACCAAGCUAUUUUUUAAAUUAUUUUUAUCAUUUGAAAGGUUUUUUUACAUUCACCCACAUCUCUAUGACAAACAUGAGCCACUUUUUUAGCCCCAAAAGUGCUUCUUUCUAUGGCAUCCCUCAAUCGACCAUUUGAAGCAACUUUAUAUUAAAGACUGUAGAUGAUAAAAAAAGAAGCCCUCAUAAGAUCUUCAUUCAUUUUCCUAUCUUAUAUUUAUUCCUGUGUUCUAAGUUUCAUCUGAUGCACAGCUGUACUCAGCAGCCCAUGUGGUAUGCCAGGCUAUUUUUAAGACACUUAGCCUGAAGUGUAAUCUGGAGUCUUUCAUUUGGUAAACAGCAAAAGCUCUUCUGUUCUGAUGCCUCUGCUAUUCCCAGGCAGUCCUUGAUAUGGGUCAGAGAAAGCGAGAGCCGACGCAAGCGGCGUUACGUAAGGGAGGGUUGCGAUUGUCCCUGCAGUGCACUGAGAGAUGAAAACAGGACAGCUUUAAGGCCUCUUUUUUAGGGAAGGCAAUAAGAUAUUGGACACAACCAGGACAAGAUCUUUCCAUACACUCAUGAACAUAAAGGUUUUCUUGGGCCGUGCCAUAAAAGAACCACCUUUGGAUCCAUAAAGCAACACUUUCUAAUAUUGUAUUCAUACAUACUGUACAUCACUUUUACAACACAAAGCCUCAUGCAACAAAAUCUUACUAAUAUUUGUAUACGUUUUAAGACAUAAAUAGCCUAUUUCAGAUUUGUGAUGUGUUUUAAAACCACAGAGUUUUUCACAGUCCUGCUCUUACACUCACCAUCAAAGAAUGAGGGCAAAAAUAGUUGCACCCAGAAGGAAGGGUUGGAUUGCAAUGCUAUUUAAAAGGAAGAUAUAAGUUGCCAGGAGCAAUAAAUUAUUGCAAACUAUUAUUUUUUGAGAAAUACAGGGGUUGGACAAUGAAACUGAAACAACUGGAUUUAGACCACAAUCAUUUAUUGUCUCGACGGACAGUUCUGGUGGAAACAGGAGAAUUGAGGUGCACAUUGAAUUCUACCGUAAUUUGGGCAGCCGUGGUUUUAUGUUUUUUUUGGAUACAAUCCAGGUCCGCCCGAACAUCUCUUUCAGACAGCUACCUCUUGCAUCCACAGUUAAUCCUGUUGGAUGUGGUUAAUCCUUCUUGGUGGUAUGCUGACAUUACCCUGGAUACCGUGGCUUUUGAUACAUCACAAAGACUUGCUGUCUUGGUCAGAGACGUGCACCAACAAUUUGUCCUCUUUUGAACUCUGGUAUGUCACACAUAAUGUUGUGUGCAUUGCAAUAUUUUGAGCAAAACUGUGCUCUUAUUAUGCUAAUUGAACCGUCACACUCUGCUCUUACUGGUGCAAUGUGCAAUUAAUGAAGAUUGGCCACCGGGCUGCUCCUAUUUAGCCAUGAAACCUCCCACACUAAAAUGACAGGUGUUUCAGUUUCAUUGUCCAACCCCUCUACAUUCAGACCAUUAAUAUGUUCAGGUCUGUGGUGCAUGUAUGUGCAGUAGAUAUGUGGACAGUAGUCUUUAUACUAGUAUUGUCCUGUUGAAAUAGCAGGACCUUAUUAACAUUACAGGUGCCUGUAAAGAAUACCAUGACACCAGACUUUCUGGAAAUGUGACACCUGACAAGAAACCAUUGAUCUUCAUGGUGUCUUCAUACACAGAUUCGUUGUUGUUUCCACCAAAACAAAAGCUGGAUUGUCUGAAGAUGAGCCGCUGCCAAUCUGAGUCACACCAUGACAUGUUUAUUCCUACUGGGCGCAUUCAUGUUUUCACAGUUUGUGCAUAUUAAUCAAUCCUAUUGUCCUUGUAAAUUGUAACUUGAACAAUUCCCAUCUAAGAAAAAGUUAGUUAAUGUCUCAAUUAUCAUGAUUAAUGGUCUAAGUGGGUUUUAGGAAUAUUUUUCUGUCGGUAAAUAAGGCCCAAAGUUCUUUAUGGAGCCAAAAGAUUGUAUUUUAUGGCAUUGCUAAAAGACACAUUUGAAGCAUCCUCAAUCUUAAAAGUGUAGGCCAACUUUACAGUUCAUUUCUUUUGGUUUAUUAAUAAUAAUAAUAAUAAUAAUAAUAAUAAUAAUAAUAAUAAUAAUAAUAAUAAUAAUAAUAAUAAUAAUAGUUAUAUUGUUGUUUUCUUCAGCUGCCGCACAAACACACGAGCACCCAAGCACACGUAGGCACACCAGAAUGUAGCUGUGAACUUACUGUACAAUAUUUUGGGAAGAAAUAUUCAUAAAGGUCCAAUGCCAAUGUGUAGAAACUGCAUGUGAAUGCCCUUUUAUCCACACCACUCCUUUCUCUAGCGUUUACAGUAGCUAGCUAGUAAUGUUGUAAGUGCCACGUCUGACUGUAGGCACCAGAGCAGUCCACAGUUACAGUUACAAAUACAGUUACCGAGGUGUACAUACUCCUACUCGUAGAUAUGUGACAAAUACAGUGUUCGCUAAGGGCUGCACUGCUGCCUAUGGUACUCUCUGUCUCUCUCCCACUGUAGCACUGCAGUUUGGUUUUAUAUAUAAACUACAGUUACCUGGAGUUUCACCAGUGGGACUUAGGUAUUGAUAAUAAUACUGUUUCAGUACAAAAUUACUAAUGGAAAGUAUACGGUCACAUGAUGUUCAGACAGAAAAAAAGGACACUUCUGUCAACCAACAAAACGUUUGGGUCUAACUGGAAUGAACAGAGGGAGAAAGAAAAGAACGGUGAGAGAAAAAAAGAAAAAAUGCUGCUGUAAAUUAUUUGUUUUGGCAUGUAUUCUGCUGAUCUAAUAAAUGUCUCUUGUAAGAA